AACUUUUUAGACUUGUUGUCUUUCGCUAAUGCUCUGAAGAACAAUACUAUAAUUCUGCUGUGUUUCUUUAUUUGCUGUCUGAAGAGGAAAAAGAAUGUCUCAGCCACCUGAAACUGAUGUAAUCCAGAAGCAGGAGGUGGAGGAGGGGGCAAGGCGGCCGAGCCUCUCCUCUCUGCAAAUUCCGGCGAGGUCAGAAUGGGAAAUGUCCAGUUUCUCCACCAGGACUGAUGUUCUUCCAAGCCCUGGAUCUAUUCGGGCCGGGUUGCCCCCGAGACCGAACUCGGCUCGGUUGAUUUCUUCAGUGAAGAAUUUGAUUCCACAGAAGAGUUUUAGGGCUAAACACUCACACCCAGAUGCUGAAAGGACUGUUCUCAUCCUCUCCUCCGAUAAACCUUCGUUUUCCCUUAACAAAGUCUUGUCCUUCUCUUCCUCAACAAAACCCGCCCGUUCAUUGCCCGUAACCCCCACCGAUUCUGUCCCCCCAUUGGAUGAUCAUCCUUCCAAAUCUGAAUCACCACUUAUAUUUGAAGCCGGACCACAUAUACCGCGUUCGCGUUCGGUCCCUGCCAAUGUAAAAAUUAUAAGCUGGAAGAAGACCGGAUCUUCUAAAAAUUUGAUCCGUGUAAUAUCGUUAUCUUCAUCUGUCAGGAGAAAUGCAGAUGGUAAUGCAUUAGCAGUCACGGCGGCUCAGGAAAUCGAAAAUGGUGUUACUAACGAUGAUGAUGAAGACAUUCCAGAGGAAGAAGCAAUUUGCAGAAUUUGUUUUGUUGAGGUUGGGGAAGGCGGCGAAGCAUUUAAAAUGGAGUGUAGUUGCAAAGGAGAGCUUUCACUUGUUCACAAGGAGUGUAUCUUGAAGUGGUUUAGUAUCAAAGGAAAUAAGCUGUGUGAUGUUUGCAAGCAGGAAGUUAAAAACCUCCCAGUUACGCUGCUAAAGUUGCAGAACUCUUCAACUGCUGUGAGAAGGCUGACAACCACAUCUCAGCAGGAGGAACCGGCUCGUUACAGGGUUUGGCAAGAUGUGCCUAUUCUUGUAAUGGUCAGCAUGCUAGCAUAUUUUUGCUUUCUAGAGCAACUUUUGAUAUCUGACAUGGGAGCUCGUGCACUUUCUCUCUCACUGCCCUUCUCUUGUGCUUUAGGGUUCAUGUCAUCUAUGAUUGCCUCUACAAUGGUAAGCAGGGCCUACAUAUGGGCUUAUUCUUCUUUCCAGUUUGCAAUAGUGAUCUUAUUUGCCCACAUAUUCUAUGCAGCGCUUAAUGUGAGUGCUAUCCUUUCGGUGUUGCUCUCGUCCUUCACUGGGUUUGGGAUUGCGAUAAGCACAAACUCGCUGGUGGUGGAGUAUUUGAGAUGGAGAGGGAGACGGCGGCUUUCCCAGAACACCUCCACCACGAGGAGGAACGAUGAACAAGUGUGAGUGCGCAACCUCUCAUCAAGACUCUCCUCCCAAACUGUGCAUAUAUGAAUCCAAGAAAGAAAAGCCUUUCAUGUAAAUCUGCAGAUAGGGAUAAAAGUUAGUUCUCUGCUACUUCAUUCAUUUUAUACAAAGGUUGAUACCUCAAGAGGAAGGAAACCCAAUUGCAGAGAAAUUUGUCCCCAUCCCGAACACAUUUUGUACAACUUGUGUUUUAUGAUAUCAUAGAAGUUGUGUUACACAUUUUGCAGGAAAAAAAAACUAUGGGCUCAUUCAGUAUGUUUUAUGUUGGGAAAACGAGUUAGAUGUGCAUUUAAACGUCUAUUUUUGGGCGUAAUUAUCAAUCCACUAACGGGUUUGACCGUUAACUAAUAGACGUGUUGUUGAAGAUGCCAUUCUCGUUGUCGUUGGGGCUUUCAUAGUUUAAUGCAGAUGGUUGUCAAUUGUGAGAAUGCUGAAUCUAGAAUAAAUUGCUAGUGAUUCU